AUGACUAGAAGUAGAUGGCUAGAUAUAUAUAGGGCUGGACUAUUUUAUACCAUUAACAGAAUAUUAUUCUGUUACCCUCCGGCCAGAGACGCGAUCCUGCGAACCGAUCCCCUCGACCUAGUUUCUUCCAGCCGCUGCCCCGUCGCCGGCCACCUUCCGGCGCCCCGGCUUCUUCCCUCGCCGCCAGCCACCUCCCGGCGCCCCGGCUUCUUCCCUCGCCGCCGCCCACCUUCCCGCGCCCGGCUUCUUCCUUCGCCACCGGCCACCUCCCGGCGCCCCGGUUUCUUCCCUCGCCGCUGGCCACCUUCCCGCGCCCCGGCUUCUUGCCUCGCUGCCGGCCGCCUUCCCGCGCCCCGACUUCUUGCCCCGCCGCCGGCCGCCUCCCCGUGCCCCGGCUUCUUGCCCCGCCGCCGGCCGCCUCCCCGCGCCCCAGCUUCUUGCCCCGCCGCCGGCUGCCUCCCCGCGCUCCGGCCAACGGCUAGAUCCGGCCGCCACGUCCCUGCGGCGCCCGCAGCCACGGUGCCCGGACCCCAUCUCCACCUAACCCCGGCGACCCCAACUAGGCGCUCCCAGCCCCAGCACCACCGACCCCUGCACUACGUCGUCCCAUCUCCUCAACACCGGCGAUUGUGCCACAUUGCACCGCCGUGGCCAGCUCUCCUGCAACCGGCGGCGACUCUCCCUUCCUCCCGCACGACCAUCUGCCCCAGGUCAAGCAAGUUCAGAAAUUGCAGCGCCCUGCAGUUCGUGAGAAUUUCAAAGUUCACACUCCAUUAAGUCAGGGAGAGUCUAGUUUUGCUGCUAGAUCAUCUCAUCUCGUUCGUUCAGCAAAAGGCUCAAGAUAAGUUCAAACUCCAGACUAGUUCACACUUAUGGUUUUGCUCUUUGGUUUAAUACUUCAGUCCAGGCUCCUUUGGUUUUUGUUCUAGAGAAGUUCAAAGUUCAGACUCAUUCUGUUUCUGUUUAGGCAGGGGGAGGGAGCAGCGAGGUGAGUGGCAAAAAAAAAUGUAAACCAAAUCCAAAUCCGGUUACGCCAUCAUCGCUGGUGCCCCUUACCUCAUGCGCGGCCGUGGCCCCUGCCGUCGCAGCCCCACCGCCGCUCUGUCCACGGAUCCCCGCACCGCGACGUCGAGGUCAUGGAUCCCCUUACCCAGCGUGCUGCCACUGCCGCCUCCAUCCAGCCGGGCCUCCGCCUCAACCAUCCAGCACACUCUCGCUGCUACAACCAUCCAGCGUGCGGCCGCCGCGUCCUUCCAGUUGACCAGCACCGCCGAUGAAGAAAUGGUGGCACGACAUGGGCCGUCACCCCACGGUCUCCUCCAUCGUCAAGAUCGUAUGUGUGUCGUCCUCAGUCCAACCCCAUGGCAUUAGGAUGGCCGAGUUUGUCGCGAGCAACAGUCCAUGGAUGUCGGCUUCAACUUUCCUCCGCGAAGGUCCUUUUGCUCGGUGAUGCAAG